AUGGAUGAGUCGGAUUCGAGUGUGACAUCUGUAGGCCAAGGCAUGAACGCGAAAGUACGUGAGUUCACUAAGGCGCUUGAAGUACAUGUGAAAUGCGUCAAGAGUCCCAACAAGAGCAAGGGCAAACGGAACGACAUGGUUCUUGAAGUCCUUCGCCGUAGCCACAAGGAAAACACCUCGUUUGUUCAUUUCACCUUUCAGGUGCGCUCCGUCGUACCCAGUUAG